AUGUGCUGCCGCAAGGGCUGGGCCGCUCCGCAACAGGACAACAGUAAGACCACCAGUGCCCCCCAACAACAGGACAAUGUAAGACCACCAGUGUCCCCCAGCAACAGGACAACAGUAAGAUCACCAGUGUACCCCAGCAACAGGACAACAGUAAGACCACCAGUGUUCCCCCAGCAACAGGACAACAGUAAGACCACCAGUGAUCCCCAGCAACAGGACAACAGUAAGACCCAGGUUCAGCAACAGGACAACAGUAAGACCACCAGUGAUCCCCAGCAACAGGACAACAACAGGACAACAGUAAGACCACCAGUGUUCCCCAGCAACAGGACAACAGUAAGACCACCAGUGUUCCCCCAGCAACAGGACAACAGUAAGACCACCAGUGUUCCCCAGCAACAGGACAACAGUAAGACCACCAGUGUCCCCCAGCAACAGGACAACAUGUUCCCCCAGCAACAGGACAAGAGACAAAGUUCCCCAGCAAGAGACAACAGUAGACCACCAGUGUGCCCCCCAGCAGGACAAGACCACCAAAGUUCCCCCAGCAACAGGACAACACAACAGGACAAGACCACCAAGUUCCCCCAGCAAAGGACACGUGGAAUACCAGUGUCCCCCAGCACAGGACAAGACCACCAAAAGUUCCCCCAGCAACAGGACAACAGUAAGACCACCAGAGUUCCCCAGCAACAGGCAACAGUAAGACCACCAGUGUUCCCCCAGCAACAGGACAACAGUAAGACCACCAGUGAUCCCCAGCAACAGGACAAGCCACUGCAACAGGACAGUAAGACCACCAGUGUCCCCCAGCAACAGGACAACAGUAAGACCACAGUGUUCCCCCAGCAACAGGACAACAGUAAGACCACCAGUCCCCAGCAACAGGACAAGACCACCAAAGUUCCCCCAGCAAGGACAACAGUAGGCACGCCAGUGUCCCCCAGCAACAGGACAACAAGGUUCAUCUCUAGCCAUUGUACUGUGGGUAAUGAGCUAGUCAACACGAUGAUGAAGGAUUAA